UAGAAGUAAAAAAAAAAAAACUUACCCUAUUUUUCUUGUGUGUGUGUGAGAGAGAGGGAGGGGUAAUUAAGAGUGAAAAAAAUGGCAAGUAAUAUUUGGUAUGUAAUGUUUGUGUUUGCACUUGUACUUGUCCAUGUUGUCACUGCAAGAAACAUUCCUCAGGCUCAGACUGAGGGUGUAACGGUAAACACUGAGGUUCUAAGUAGAGCUCCAACACCUAGUGAAGGCCUUGAUGACAAAAAGAAUUUCAUCUCAUUUGGUGGGGUUGGUGGCUGGGCAGGAAUUGGUGGCUAUGCUGGUGUGUUGCCUACUUUUGGUGGCAUUGGUGGCGCUGGUGGAAUAGGUGGUCUUGGUGGACUUGGUGGAGCUGCUGGUGGCGGUGUUGGUGGUGCUGGAGGACUUGGUGGUGGUGGUGGUCUAGGUGUUGGUGGUGGAGUUGGCGGUAUUGGUGGCAUUGGUGGUAUCAAACCCUAGGAACAUUGUAAUUUGUUGUUGUAAUUUUGUCUAAUUAAACUUUUUAUUUUAUUUUAGUAUUGCAUGCAUCUCCUAAUUAUUAUCCUACGUUUGUGUCAAGUGUAGGUCUUUGUGUUUUGAAAAGUUUCAUGUAUUAGUAGUAUUUUCCUAAGUUGGAACUUAGGAUAUCGUACUACUACUUUGUUUGGGUUCAA